CAAUAUUCAUAGAAUUAAAUUUAAUACACAGUUAGAUAAGUUUCUCACAUGAAGCUCUAAAUUUAUCAAUUCCUUACAAUAAUUAUAUACCAAAAGAAUAACAAUUUUGGAUUCAGGGUCGACCUGUAGAACACAAAAAAUGGAUCGGACUGGGUUGUUCAUCAUUUUAGCAGCUUUAUUACUAGAAGCUGCAUUUGCUGCGACAACAUAUUCAGUUGGAGAUGACAUGGCUUGGGGAGUUCCUCGCAAUAUUUCUUUCUAUGAGGGCUGGUCUACCAAUAAGACAUUCCAGAUUGGAGAUUCAUUAGAAUUCAAGUGGGCGGGCGUACACAAUGUAUUAGAGGUGAAAUCAAAGAGUGAAUAUGAUAAUUGCACAAAAUCAAAUGGAAUACUUAAGGAAAUGAGUCCAGUAACCAUCCCUCUCACUCAAAAUACUACUCUGUUCUUCAUCUGUACCAUCGGACCACACUGUUCUUUAGGGCAAAAGGUGGCAAUUAAAGUCGGAAACGGAGUAAUGCCGUCAUCAUCACCACCACCGUCGCCGGCAAACUCCGUAAAUCCACGCUGCAGCAUUAGUGACUCACUUGCAGCUUUCUCUGCUACUCUCAUUUUUUUCUUUAUUUACUCUACAUAAAUGUUUAAAGGUAAGGUGUUCAUAUUUCAAUUUCAACAUGUUUGCCAAACAUAUUUUUUUUUUUUUUAAAUCGUAUCAUUUUUAUCAUCUUUUCAACUUUUGUCAAAUAUACUCACAAUUGGUUUGGAUCUUAUAUGUAGUAUGAUGUUGUACUUGUAUGUUUGUGUGCAUAAAAAUACUUUUACGUGGCAUAUAUAAUAUUAUGACACAUCAGCUCCAAAUCGAUUGAAAGUAUAUGUAGUAAAAGCCAAAAAGAUGAUAAUAUAUAUGACACGAUUUUAAAAACAUGAUAUAUUUGACAAACAAGUUAAAAUUGUGGAUAGAUAUGAACAUUUUGUCAUGUCCAAAUAUAGCUAUUACUUACUAGUGUGUCGCAUGAAUAUUUGUCGAGUUUUAUGUUUUGGAGUGUUUUUAUAUUUCUAAAACUCUAGAAAAAAUGUAACUAUUACUUUAUUAAAAUAAUAUAAUUUUUCGUUUGA